AUGAGGCUCUUGCUGCUUUCUGCUUGCGUGAUGCUAUUGACCGCCUCCCGAAGUGCUGCCGUCAGCUUCCCAGAAGACGACGACCCUAUUAAUGUUGUCGACUACCACUGUGAGUAACCGGCGGGAACAAACUUGCCAUUUAUUUUUUGUUGUUGUUGAGGGAAAGCAGUUGUUCCUUCUGAGAUUGACUUGGCUUUUCACUUAUUAGGCAAUUCCAUCAUUAAUAAUAAUAAUAAUAAUAAUAAUAAUAGCAUUCAAAAGUGUGCAGUAAGUUCAAGUUUGUUUGUUUGUUUUAAAGCGUGUUUGCAGAGUUCCUGCCAUUUAUUCAUUUAUAUUCAGCGCAUUAUGCAAGGAAUUUAGUUUAAGCCUUCUGCUCCCAGUAUAUACAGCUAAUCAAUGUUGUCUAUUGAUUCUUUAGCUCUAUAAUCCUGAGUGAUGGCGUAACCCAUUUUUACUUGCAGAUUCAAGGCAAUAUCCAGUAUUUAAAGGACGCCCUUCAGGCAAUGAAUCCCAGCAUAGGCUGGACUUUCAACUGAUGUUGAAAAUUCGAGACACACUUUAUAUUGCUGGCAGGUAAUUUUCCCGCAGUCAGUUGAUUAAAUUAAAAUUCUCUCUCCCUCCCUCCUACCCACCCCUGCCCUGGUUGGUUUUGCAUUUAAUCUGUGCACCUUGUUUAAAAGUAAUCUGUAGAGAAUGGGAUCGGGAAAUAGAACUGGAAGGGGAAAAUGAAUGCACAGAGGGAGAGGGACACAAUAUAUUACAGAAGAGAAGCCCUGCUAGAUCAGACCAUCUAAUCCAGCCACCUCUUUUGAACAGGGCUCAUACAGAUACCCCCAAGAAGCCUGGUAGGGUUAAACGGUAAUGCAUGUAUGAGACACACAUUUCUAGACUGGAAACCAGGUAUGUGCGAGUCUAUCAGUCCCUGGUUUCUGGCAGCACUGCCAACUGCCUCCCUUGAGUAGGUGUCCUUGGUACUAGGGAAGAAGGAGAAAUGCAAUUAAGUUGGCAAUUAAAGGGGAACUUGCCUAAAUCUCACAUUCUGAAACAAUAAACGAACCGGAAUGCCUCCAAAAUGUGCACUUUUUCAAAUUUAUAAAGAUGCAAGUAAUGUGCCCCCAAACCCCUUAGAUUAUGGUAAAGCAUGCAUCAAAACGUAUGUAUUGGCUGAAAAUAACAUGCUAAACUGCAUUAUUUAAUGGCUUGAGAAAAUGUGGAAAAUGGUCAGAAAUUGUGUUUAUUCGGGGAAAUUAGCACUAAAAUGCUGACAAUUUUUCAAAAAAUGUAUUUUUUGAAAAGUGGCAAAUCGCUGCAUGAAUCACGGCACAAAUGUGGAGAACUGUAAUGAAAUGAGAAACUGACAGAAGCCAGAUUGACAUAUUCUUCCACCCCUAGUUGAUACCCAAAUGCUUCUCCUCCCAGUGUAGUAUGAUCCAGCUAUAUGGUGUGGAGGUUUUAUGGAUCUGUUCCAGAACUGUAGCUGCAGGGAGAGGGAGUUGUGUGGUCAAACUCCUUUGAGGGGUAUUCCUGGCCGCUAUCUGAAUUGUUUGUUUUCGUUUUUCCCCAUUUUUGUUCUCUGUGCCAUUAACUUAUGGAAAAGUAAGCAAGCUCAUACAGACAUUAUUUUACCCAGUUGACAGUAGUUUACCCAAUUGCUUCAUCAGUAGUAAAUGCAGACUUGCCUUCUGCUAUUCUGCCCAUUUGGUGCCCUAGGAUAACUGGAUUUUUAAAAAUUUAACUAGUAUUUAACUUGAUUCUUUGUAACUUUGAGAAAACUAUUUGGCUUUAAAAUAAAUGUGUGACUGUUGUUCUGCACUUAUUCUUCACUAUGGGCCUUCUCUAUGGCAUGUCAGCAGAGAGGGUCCUGCUGCAAGAUAGUCACCCUAGUAAGUGAACUUUGGUGCCAUUACAAAGUCCUCCUUCAUAAUCCCGGUGGCACAGAAUCCCCAUUUAACAGAACUAGGCGGGUGCUAUUUGGAUAUUCAUUCUCUUUUAUAUAUAUUAUUAUUAUUUAUUGGUUUUCCAAAUUAAUACAAAUCGGUCCAAAUUAUUUAAAUGUAAUGCAAUGUCUUUAAAAAAAACCAGAGGUUUCCCACUCCUGUUGCAAGCAUAUGUUCAUUACUUCCUGAUGAAGAAUUACUUCAUUCUUGUUUAAACUCCUCUUCAUCCUUCUCUUGAUGUUAGUCCAUUCUCACAGCUGACCUCUGUAAUUUACAUCAAUAUAAAGUCCAUUUCAUGUGUGUAGUUCUUCAUAAACGCUCUCAGACCUGGUGUGUUGAGAGUUAAUGUUCGUUUCCUAUUUGGAUGUUCAUUCUCAGUGAGUUGAGGGGAUUUGAUAGUGUCUUAUUCCUAUUUUUCCUCCGCUCUUACAGGGAUCAAGUUUACACUGUGAACUUGAACGACAUUCCAAAGGGAGAAGUUGCUCCAAGCAAGGUAUUGGAAAAACAGCUUAAUUUUGGGGUUGUUGUUUUUUUUAAAAAAAGAAACAAUUAAUAAUAAUAAUUCUACAUUAAACAUUAGAAUGUUCUUAUUUUUGUUUCUUCAUUUUUUUGGAACAGAAAUUAACAUGGCGGUCAAGGCAACAGGACAGAGAGAACUGCGCCAUGAAGGGAAAACACAAAGUACGUUUUGUUGUUCCCCUCCCCCAUACACCUUUUUUUAAAGCAGAAAAAUAUUUAAAUCCUUGUUUAUGUUUUUAAAAGUUGGGCUUGAAGCCAAUGUACAACUGAUAAUGAAUGAGGCCCCAUCUGAACAGUACGUUUAAAGCAGUAUCAUGUCAUUUUUAAACUGUCAUUGCUGCCCCCAAAGAAUCCUGGGAACUGUAGUUUAUGAACGGUGCUUAUUCCCCUCACAGAACUACAAUUCCUAGAGACCCCCGGAAAGAGGGGUUGAAUGUGUUAAACCACUCUGGGAACCUCUGCUCUGUGAGGAGAAUAGAGGUUUCCUAACAACUCUUUGCACCCAUAAAAACAACUGCACUGGGUUUUCCCCCCUUGCAAUCAAGCCGUAUUAGUGAAUAAAAAAUACAUACAUACAGUUCCUAGGAUUUUUUGCCUGUUUCAAGUGAUAUGAUACUGCUUUAAAUGUAUCGUGGAGAUGGGACUUGGAUUCUACUUACAGACACAAGAAUUUGCAUUUUAUGCAACUGCCUCUAAAUGCUCAGGUGGCCUCAGUAUAUAGGAGCAUCUGUUGUCUGCUUCAGCUGCUAUGAUAACUGUGUCUGCUCCUGGCCCUCGGUAGCUUUUUCCUCAGUACUCCAGGCAUAACCAACUCCCAAGACUAGGUUACUGCAACACACACCAUGUGCACCUUCUCUUACGCUCAGUAAAGAAACUGCAGCUAUUGCAGCACGAUUCCUGGCAGGAGUGAGAUUUCUCCAGUGCUGUGCUCAAAGAUCUGCACACAGCCUGCUGAUCUGUUAGAAGUCCAAGUUCUAACAGGUUACAAUUCGAGGUGUUACUGUUAGUAUAUGAACCCCUUAACAGUUUUGGCUCAGUUUUCUUGAAGGCCUUUUCUCUAUGUGCUCACUCAACCCCUUCAUAUAUAGAACUGGCAUUUUUACAAGUGUCAGCCAACGUGCAAGAAAUCAAAUCUUUUAGUAUGGCAGUGCUUUCACUUUGGAACUCUCUGCCGAUGGAUAUCAGGCAUAAACUGUACUGUUUAUGACAUCUCCUAAAAUCUCUUUUGCUUAUGCAAACCUACCUAGACAUGGAAUUUUAUUAGAGCAAAACCAAAGUCGCAGGAGAUUCUGAGAGAAAUAAAAUUAUAUCAAGUACAAUAUAUGGAAAUGAUGAAUCAGGAAAUAGAAUGGAAAAUUAAACAAAUGAGACAAAAAACAUUUGAAUCAGCUAAUAAAUGUGGGAAAUUGCUGGCUUGGCAAAUGAAAAAAAGACAAAAAUUAAAUACUAUUACAAAUCUAGAAGUGGAAGGAAAGAACAUACACAACCCUGCUGAGAUUAGAAACUGUUUCCAGAGGUACUUUAAACAAUUAUAUACACAAGGGCCACAGAAAGAAAUGGAUAUAGAUCGAUUUUUGAAGAUAAAUGGACUACAAAAAUCUCUCAAGAAAGCAAAUUAAUGUUGAACUAUAAAAUAUCUGAACAGGAAGUAGAAGGUGCCAUUCAAAACAUGCAACUAGGCAAAUCUCCAGGACCGGAUGGGCUGACUUCUAGAUACUAUAGAUCCUUGAAAGAGUGGUUAGUACAACCUUUAAAGGAAGUCUGCAAUGAAAUAUUGGAAGGGAAAGGGCACCAGAGUCGUGGAAAGAAGCGUAUAUUACACUUAUACCGAAAACAGAGACUGAAAAGACUCAGCUUAAGAACUACCGCCCCAUAUCAUUACUUAAUGUGGAUUACAAAAAUUUUGCAGAUAUUUUGGCCAAUAGAUUUAAAAAUGUGUUGAUGGAAGAGAUUCAUAAAGACCAAGCGGGCUUUCUCCGGGAAGACACUUGUCUGACAAUUUGAGGAAUAUAAUUAAUAUUUUGGAAAAAUUAGAAGUGAACAUAAAUACUAAAGCAGUUUUGAUAUUUGUGGACGCGGAGAAAGCUUUUGAUAAUAUCUCUUGGAGCUUUAUGAAGAAGAACCUACAGGGGAUGGGGGUAGGCCAAGGCUUUGAAAACGGUAUAAGUGCAAUUUAUUCAGAACAAAAGGCUAAACUAAUUGUAAAUAAUGUGGUGACGGAAGAAUUUAAGAUAGAAAAAGGGACACGACAAGGUUGCCCAAUCUCCCAUUGCUUUUAUAUCGGUCCUGGAGGUUUUGCUGAAUAUGAUUAGAAGGGACCAGUUGGUUAAAGGUAUACAAGUCGGAGCCAAACAGUACAAAUUGAGAGCAUUUGCAGAUGACUUAGUAUUGACGUUACAGGAGCCAGAAUCUAGUACCAAAAGGGUUUUAGAACUGAUUCAAGAAUUUGGUCAGGUUGCAGGAUUUAAACUGAGUAAGUUAAAAACCAAGGUUUUAGAGAAAAAAUUAACACCAAUUGAGAGAGAGAGGUUUCAGAAUGAGACAGGCUUAACAGUGGUUAAGAAAGUGAAAUACCUGGGGAUUAACAUGACAGCAAAAAAUGGGAAUUUAUUUAAAGACAACUAUGAAAAAUGCUGGGUCGAAGUGAAAAAGAUUUAGAAAUUUGGUCAAAUUUGAAGCUUUCACUGCUGGGUCGUAUUGCUGCGAUAAAAAUGAAUGUAUUGCCUAGAAUGUUGUUUUUGUUUCAAACAUUGCAAAUUGUGGACAAAAUGGACUGUUUCAAGAAGUGGCAGAGAGAUAUUUCUAGAUUUGUCUGGCAGGGCAAGAAGCCUAGAAUAAAAUUUAAAAUACUAACAGAUGCAAAGGAAAGAGGUGGAUUUGCCCUGCCAGACCUUAAACUUUACUAUGAAUCAGCAACUUUGCUGGUUGAAAGAAUGGCUGCUUCUUGAAAACACAGACAUUUUGGAUUUAGAAGGUUUUAAUAAUGUAUUUGGAUGGCAUGCAUAUCUGUGGUAUGAUAAGAUCAAAGCACAUAAAGCAUUUAAGAAUCAUAUUGUCAGGAAAGCAUUGUUUAAUGUCUGGAUAAGAUAUAAGGAUUUAUUGGAAAAUAAAACCCCAAGGUGGUUGUCACCGAUGGAAGCGAAAGCAUUGAAAAAGCUCAAUAUGGAGGCCAAAUGGCCGAAAUAUUGGGAAAUUCUGGAACAAGAGGGAGACAGAUUUAAACUGCAGAGUUUUGAGAAACUAAAAAGCAAAGUGCGAGAUUGGCUUCAUUAUUAUCAGAUAAUGGAGGCAUAUAAUUCGGACAAGAAAAUUGGCUUCCAGGUGGAAAAAUCAAAAUUAGAAACAGAACUGUUAGAACCCAAAACUAAGACUUUAUCAAGGAUGUAUAACUUGCUGUUGAAAUGGAAUACUCAGGAUGAAACGGUGAAAUCUGCUAUGAUUAAAUGGGCACAAGAUGUUGGACAUAACAUAAUGAUGGCUGACUGGGAACAGUUAUGGACCACAGGUAUGAAGUUUACGGCAUGUAAUGCCUUAAGAGAGAAUAUUAUGAAAAUGGUAUACAGGUGGUACAUGACUCCAGUCAAGCUUGCAAAAAUCUACCAUUUGCCCGAUAACAAAUGUUGGAAAUGUAAAGAAACUGAAGGUACAUUCUUCCACCUUUGGUGGACAUGCCCAAGGAUUAAGGCUUUCUGGGAGAUGAUCUAUAAUGAAUUGAAAAAAGUAUUUAAAUAUACCUUCUUGAAGAAACCAGAGGCCUUUCUCCUGGGCAUAGUCGGCCAACUGGUGCCAAAGAAGGAUAGAACUUUUUUUAUGUAUGCCACAACAGCAGCAAGAAUACUCAUUGCAAAGUAUUGGAAGACACAAGAUCUACCCACUCUGGAAGAAUGGCAUACGAAGGUGAUUGACUAUAUGGAACUGGCGGAAAUGACUGGCAGAAUCCGGGACCAGGGAGAAGAGUCGGUGGAAGAAGAUUGGAAUAAAUUUAAAGACUAUUUACAGAAAUAUUGCAAAAUUAAUGAAUGUUAGGAUGAUGUUGGAUAGAAAUUAAAUGGUUUUUAGCUGAAAUAUUAUAAGGGAAUAUGAAAAAUGGAUUACUAACAGGUAAAAAUUUAAUGUUAUAAUACUUUAAGAUUAAAGAUUAGGAUAAACAAAGAGGAAAAGGAUUUGCUGAACCAACAAACUGAACUGGAAUACAAAAAAGGGAGGCGUGAGGAGGUCCGGGAAACAAGCUAAUGAAAAAUAAGUAAUGGAAAGAUUGACUUGUUUUUAACUAAUUUUAUUUUGUAUUUUUCUUUUUUCUAUUUUUAUUUUGUAAUAUUUUGAAAAUCUUAAUAAAUAUCUUAUAAAAAAAAAGACAUGUAAUUUUAUUGUGCAUAUUCGUUUUAAAACUGUUGAUUUAAAACUCACUUUUAUUAUGUUGUACUUGUUGUCAAAGCGACAACUACUUUAUAUUUUUAUGUAAACGGCUUACAGGUUUUUCUGAUUAAGUGGUAUAUAAAAUGUGUGUGUGUGUGUGUGUGUGUGUGUGUGUGUGUUCAUAAUAAAUCACACACAGAAACAGGGAUGUUGCAAUAUAAAUGUCAGUAUCUUUUGAAUUUUUAUCUCUCUUAGUUUUGUUCUUGUGUCAUUCAAAAUUUGUCAUCUCGGCGUUCUACUUCUCUAAUAAACAAACCAUAUUUGUGAGUAAAUGGUAAGGUAAACCAGUCUCUCUCCUUCUUUUCCAGGAUGAAUGCCAUAAUUUUAUUAAAGUCUUUGUCCCCAGGAAUGAUGAGAUGGUAUUUGUCUGUGGAACCAAUGCUUUUAACCCCAUGUGCCGCUACCUUAGGGUAAGGACCUCAGCGCAGUAAGACAGAAGCUUCUCUACGUGUUGCUGUUUUGGUUAUCUUCCUCAUCAUUGCCUCCAAGGAGAUGAGGGUGAUGUUCAUGGUACUCUUCCCUCUUGUGAGAUAUAUGAGGCUGACUUGAUAUGAACCGGCCCAGAUUUAACCAGUGUACCUGAUCAACCCCAGCUAGCAUGGUCCAUAACCAGGGAUGAUGGGAGUUGUAGUCCGAAACCAGCUGGGGUUGAUGAGAGUUGGAGUCCAACAGCAUCUGUUAGGCUAUCUCUGUUCACCCAGUGAGCUUCAUAGCUAAGUGAGGAAUUGAACCUUGUUCUCCCAGGCCCUAAUCUAGCAUUCUAGCCACACUGGUUCACUUUUAUGAGCAAUCCUCAGCCAAAGCCCUGCUGAUCUGGCUGGACGUAAUGUGAACCAGGGAGCACAUCAGCAAGCAGGGCUGGCAGUUGUCUUUUUAGCCAUGACUAGUGGCUCAUCACUGCAGAAAGCUCUGCUCCAUGCCGGUUGCAGAACCAAUGGCGAGAAAGCUAUUCUGACCUCUGGCACCAUGUCUGAGGACUGAAGGCUCCUGAGGUGAGGAUUUACGUUUUGUGUUAUUGCAGCCAGUUGUGGUCUGCAUUUGAGAAUCAUUUGCUUGAAAGAUGGGAUCUAAACCCUCCGAUCUCCUGUACUGCUCCUUUUACAGUGACUAGUGUAAAAAUCUUUAUCAAAUUUUCCAGGAUGAUCAUAUGCAUUUUAUGUCCUUUCGAAUCAACUUGCAUCCCAGUUUGACCAAGGGCUGUGUUGCGGCAGACAGCCAGGAACUGAUCCCAGACACUUGGAGUUGAUGAGAGGAUUAUGAUGCCCAUUUUAUUUUACUCUGCGUUGUUUUUUGUCUGCCUUAGCUAAUGUUAUUCUCUUUUACUCUGUUAUACACAUUCAGUUAAUGUGUGUUACGUGCUUCAUAUUUUGUUUCCGUAGUGCUGGUCAUUGACUAUAGCAAUAAAAACGUGGUCUUCAUUUGGUGUCGAGCUGAGAACUGGGGGUUGAUCCAGUGCUAGUCCUCCUCAGAGUAGACCCAUUGAAGUUAACGGUCAUACUAAUUUAGGUUCAUUAAUUUCAAUGGGUCUGCUCUGAGUAUCAUCGGAUACAACCCUGUAUCACAAAAUUUGGAGGGAUGCAAAAUCCCAAGGAUUAUGAUGUUCCAGCCCCAGAUAUUUGGAGUGGAAGAUGUGAAUUAGGUUAGUUUGCUUAAAAAUGUGGACUGAAUGAAAUUUUCUCCCACUGUUGUCCCCCAGCGCUGAUAAUUUAGUGGCAUUCUGCCUCCCUGAACCUGGAGGUCACCUAUAGACAUCAUGACGCAUAGCCUUGUGGAUGUAAAAGCUAUCGUCCUUUGCACAGCUCCUUGAGGACCAGUUCUUAAGCAUUAAAUGGAAGAUUAGAUCAAGUCUGACAGAGUGAAUGAUGGUGUAUGCAAAGCAGCAAUGCUCCCCCCCCAAAAAAAAAUCACGCUUCCUGCAGAGCUUGAUGUGACACCACCAAACAAUUUAUUUUUCUUCCACAGCUGAAUACCUUGGAGUACGAUGGAGAAGAAUUCAGCGGCUUAGCCAGGUGCCCGUUCGACGCCAGGCAAACCAACGUCGCCCUCUUUGCUGGUAAGAACAUUUUCUCUCCUGAAUUCUGGUGAAAAAUAAUACAGAGAGUGAUGCGGAGAGGACGGGAGAUUUUCAAGAAAGCUUAAAUAAACUGUAUCACAUCAAUGUGCCUCUCUAGAGGGGUUUUUUCUUUAAAGUCUAUUGCAUAUUUUUGGGGAAUUAAUAAUCACAUUGUCAACUGGUUUACGUUGAGAUGACUAACUGACACACACCCCUGUCCUGGAACAGUUCUGGGCCCCAAAGUAGUUUCUUUUUCUGGAGCCCCGGUGGUUCCAUCAACUUUUAAUUAAGUUAUGAUGGGGGUACAGGAGAGAAUCCUGCUCACACUUCCAUUUGUAAGUAGGGCUUUCAACAGACUGAAGGAAUCUUACACUGCAAUCCUAUAGCUUAAAUGGGGCAUACGUCUGAAUAGAACUGCACUGUUAAUUGGUUCAUGAAUCAAUCGACUCUGCACAGAUUUGCACACUUGCGGAGGGGCGGGGGAUGGCAUUUCUAAUUAGAAAAGGAGCGGUAGAGGUUCGCCUUAGUGUGUGUCUUCAAGCAGAGACUGGGCAGUCAUCUGUUGAGCACGGUGGUACCUCAGGUUACAGACGCUUCAGGUUACAGACACUUCAGGUUACAGACUCCGCUAACCCAGAAAUAGUACCUCGGGUUAAGAACUUUGCUUCAGGAUGAGAACAGAAAUCGUGCGGCGGCAGUGGGAGGCCCCAUUAGCUAAAGUGGUACCUUAGGUUAAGAACAGUUUCAGGCUAAGAACGGACCUCCAGAAUGAAUUAAGUUCUUAACCCAAGGUACCACUGUAUGUUCUAGCUCUGGAAUUCCCAGGGGCUGGUGGACUGGGUGCCUCGCAAGACGAAUGCCUCGCAAGACAAAAAACUCGCUAGACGAAAGGGUUUUUUGUUUUUUGAGCUGCUUCGCAAGACGAUUUUCCCUAUGGGCUUGCUUCACAAGACGGAAACGUCUUGCAAGUUUGUUUCCUUUUCUUAACACCGUUAAUACAGUUGCGACUUGACUUCGAGGAGCAACUCAUAGAACGCGGUGUGGUAGCCUUUUUUGAGGUUUUUAAAGACUUUGGUGAUUUUUGAAGCUUUUCCAAAGCUUUCCCGACACCGUGCUUCGCAAGACGAAAAAAACCGCAAGACGAAUUAAUUUCGUCUUGCGAGGCACCACUGUAUUCUCCAUCCACUAGCGCAAGGGAUCUUGAGCGGGCAGGCAGGUGAGUUAUCAUUUUGGGGAAAUUGCACUAGCAAAAACUCACUGCACGGUCUACUGUGCAAAAAAGUUGCCAGCAUUUAAAUGCUUAGACAUUUUCUUGCCCAACAGCAAAACAUUUUGCCAGCAGAAGUAUGCCACUAAGUGACUUGGUGCUAAAUUGGAGACAACCCUUUGUUUUUAGAUGAGGCACAUAUACAUUCAUUCAUUCAUUUAUCUAUCUAUCUAUCUAUCUAUCUAUCUAUAUCACUCAAUCAAUUAAUCAAUCAUUGUUACGUUGUGAGGAUGCUACAGUUUUGCAUGCUUAAAGGUAAAGGUAAAGGGACCCCUGACUGUUAAGUCCAGUCGUGGACGACUCGGGGAUUGUGGUGCUGAUCUCACUUUAUUGGCCGAGGGAGCCGGCGUACAGCUUCCGGGUCAUGUGGCCAGCAUGACUAAGCCACUUGUGGUAAACCAGAGCAGCGCACAGAAAUGCUGUUUACAGAACAGUACCUAUUUAUUUACUUGCACUUUGAUGUGCUUUUAAACUGCUAGGUUGGCAGGAGCAGGGACUGAGCAAUGGGAGCUCACCCUGUCGCGGGGAUUCGAACCGCCGACCUUCUGAUCGGCAAGCCCUAGGCUCUGUGGUUUAACCCACAGCGCCACCUGUGUCCCUAGGCUUGGCUAAAUGAGGCAGUAGGCAUUAUCUUAAAAGAUGCAUACCUUUUUAGCACAGGAGAGAAUGCUUCUUCUAAGAUGGUGGUUGCCCUCUGUAGCUUUUUUCUAUGUUGCUGCAUUCUGUUUGUCUGUUUGUCCACUGAGAAAGAGAGAGAGAAAUCUAUUUUAAUCGAAGACACCUCUCUUAGUUGGUCAUGAGUUGUUGUUUAUUAUUUCACAUAUAUACAAUAGGCAAUAUUAAUCCAAGAGAACAAAAGUGAAGUAAUGAAAAGUAUGUUAAUGGAAGCUUAUAAUAUAUAUUGCUUUCUUGAUCUGCAUAAAGUCUCUAUAUAAUUAUACAAGGAUCCAUUAUAACAUACCUAAUAAAAUGUGUGGAUUUACAUUUCCCUGUACAGUACUUUAUGACACCAGUACAUUUUAAAUGCACUGUUUUUCAAUAAAAUUAUCAUAAGAUUGAACGUAAGGUCUCAUUUGACUAAUUUGACCCAGAGAAGUCCCACCAGAUGUUGCCCUCUGACCAAUGGCCUGAACCUGGUGCCCCCCAGAUACCAUUGGACCACAGCUCCUAUUACCCCGGACCAUCAGCUAUUCUGCCUGGAACUGAUCGAUACUAGCUGCAGUGGCUUCAUUCUACCCACAGUGUUGGAGUUAGUAUGCCUCCGAAUCAGUGGCAUGUGUUGAAAUUUUUCUCAGGGGAACGGUUAGGGCCAGAGGCUUGUGGGGGCAACUUCACACAUGUGAGCAUCGAGCCUCUCUCCCCGUCAGAGCAUGGCUCCUCCCUCCCUAAACUGGGCAGAAGCUUCCUUGGCUUUGGGAAGGAGGCACCAGGCUCUAAAACUUUAAUACUCUGAUUUUCCAGGAACGUGUAGGGGACGUUCCCCUAGCCUAGUCCCCCUAGACCACUGACCGCACAGCACUGCUCUGGAUGCCAGCCGCUUGGAAUCACAAGUGGGGAGAGGCCUGUUGUCCUCACGUCCUGCUUGCAGGCUUCCCACAAGCACCUAGUUUGCCAGGAUGCUGGACUCAUGAGCCAUUGGCCUGAUCCAGAAGUGCUCUUCUUCUCUAAACCAAGGAUUAAGUUUAAACAAUGAGGGAGGCUGUAUGAUAGUGGACCAAAACAGCAUUUAAUCCCGAGGAUACCAGAUUAAACGAAGAAGACGGAAAAGGACUAAUUAGUUGAAAUGGACUUUCAACCAGUGCUUUGUCUUCUAAUAUAUAUUUUACUCCAGCGGUUCUCAACCUGUGGGUCCCUCCCCAGAUGUUGUUGGACUACAACUCCCAUCUUCCCUGAGCUCUGGCCUUGCUAGCUAGGGAUGAUGGGAGUUGUAGUCCAACAACAUCUGGGGACCCAUAGGUUGAUAACCCUCUAUUGCGGGCAAUGGCAAACUCAGCCCUCCAGAUGUUUUGGGACUACAACUCCUAUCAUCCCUGACCACUGGUCCUGUUAGCUAGGGAAGAUGGGAGUUGUAGUCCCAAAACAGCUGGAGGGCCGAGAUUUCCUUUGCCUGCUCUAUUGUUUCAGUGUAGCAUUUUAAAAAAUAUAUACAUUAGAGUUCAACACAGUACUGUUUUCAUAUUUUGGGUCUCACUUGUGCACUCUUACGUAAGCCAAAACAUAUGGUGGGCACCAGUUUGGGGGAGGCUGCAUCAUGCAGUCCAAACAGAUGGGUUCCAUGUCUGUGAAACCGUUGCAACGAAGGGAUGCCAACUUUCAGAGCCUGACCACCCAAGAGGGAGCUGGAUUGUUCCAGCCUCUGGUGUCUGCAUAACCUCCGUGGCCCAAAGAAUACAAAAAUGAUAAGAGGUUACUCAGAAUUAAAACGAAUACUAAAUGCCUCAUUUGUUCUAUUGUUUCAGAUGGCAAACUCUAUUCUGCAACGGUUGCAGAUUUUCUGGCAAGUGAUGCGGUAAUUUACCGAAGCAUGGGGGACGGGUCGGCAUUGAGAACAAUAAAAUAUGACUCCAAGUGGAUUAAAGGUACUUAUAGUGAAAUACUAAUAAUUGCAGCUUGUAAUGUCUUUGUAGGCCCCUAGCUGGAGAUUGUGUGCAUUGUGGAGUGGUGAUAUUCUCCAUUUCGUUUAACCCAAUAAUUACAAAGCAAUCACUCUUUUUGCUGAUGACUAUACUUUCUCAGUGUUCAAAUCUUUAGCUCACUCUUUGAGGACUGAGGCACAUUUAAAAAUAAAAAUUGGAGGUACACUCGAAAGAGUAUACUAGUUUGAUUUUUUUCACUGAUUUUGUUUGGACCUAACCAUUGUUUAUGGUUACAUGCACAAGCCUUGGGACCAUGCUCCUCGUUCCCUCCCUUCCCUGACACAGCCAUGCAGAGAUCAGAAGCUUUCACUGCAGAUUUCAAUCACCCACAGUUCCGCACUGCAUCCAAACCACCUAUACCAUGGUUAAUGAUAACUUAAAUGGGUUGAAGCACAAACUUUGCUUUGUAAACUAUGGUUUGAAGUUGUCUUGCUUCAAACAAACCAUAGCUAAAACUAAACACAGUUUGUUCAGGUUCAAACAUAGCAUUUAACUGAAGUGAAUCUAAAAUAGGCAUAGUGGUAAAUUCUCUGUGUCCCAGUACGCAUUCUGGGAAUAACUUAUUUAGCCCCUUAAGACUCCAAUCCUAGGGGAAAGUACCAUUGAUUUCAAUGGGCCUUACUUCUGAGUAGUCAUGUAUAAGAUUGCUCUGCGUUAGUUAUAUCAAAAUUUGAUAUAAUUCUAUAUACAGUUGCGCAUAAAAUUAAAAUUGCAUCUUUUUCUUCUGUAAGUUCUUUUAAAUGAAAGAGCUACAACCACCCACGUCCCAAUAUGUGGCAUGAAGGAUCCCAUAUUAUAUAUAACCAGCUGCAGUUUGUGGGUGUGUGAAAAAGAAUCGGGGCAAGCUCCAUGGCUGUGAGCAUAUAUUCUCCUUUCAGUGGAGCACAACCCAAAGCCCACUUCUUCUUUUUGUCUUCAUCCAGCAAAAGAUCUGGCCCAGGAAUGAAACCCUUUCCCACCCACCCCCCACCCCCCAAUCCGCAAUAAGUUAAUGAAUGAAGCUGUAGUAACAAAAGGCCGGAGCUGCGAUACAAUUCCUCGGAGGCCUUUUUACAGUCCAUUAGCCGACAUUAAAGUCUGCACAUUCAUUGAAGCUCAACUCCAUCUGUACUUGGAUGUCCUAAAGUGCCUUGAAUAGUGGAUUUCACUUUGUAACUACAGGAUACACUUUGGCAUCCGUACGCACCAGAUCUGCAUAGCAGCUGCAACAGCAGCCUGUUUGUAACACUAAUGAAGACUGUAAUGCCUGUAACCUUAAGAGAGCUUUCUAGUGAGCUGCUGCAAGAGAGCAUCCCGUGAGAGGCACAUGGAACAGGCUGAACCCAUUGACUCUUCCCUUUAUAUACCCUACCUUUCAUCUAAGGAACUCUAGGGUUCCCCAGUCAAUUAAACCAAAAGGUAGUGACUGACCCAAGAUCACAGAUUUUAACUGUUUUGAACAUCUUUAAAAUGUCUUUGAUGUGUAAAUCCCCUUGAGAUGGUGGUUGAGAAGGCAAUUGAUAAAUUAACUGAAAUCAUAGCACCGUGUGUGCUUCAUGGCUGAUCUGGGACUUGAAUAUGGGCUGUCCAAUUCUUGGUCCAAGACUCUAACCACAGUAUCAUACGCUCGAUCUGAUAGGUUUGUCCCUCUUUUGGGUGUAUGCAGACAUUCUUUACUCUGAAGGAAAUGCACCCCCGCCCCCCUUCAUUGCAAAAAGGAAGUAGUAACCUAGUAUGUGCCAGGUUUAUUUGAAUGCUGUUUUCCUUCCUCUGCAGUAGCAUAAACGUUGGCAGAGCCAAUACUGCAGGGAUGGGGGACAUUGGUAUUCCAGAUGUUCCUGGACCGCAGUUCCCAUCAUCCCUGACCACUGGGCCAUGUUGGUUGGAGCUGAUGGGAAUUGGGUGAUUGAAAUCAUACAGAGAAGUCAUGGGUUCCUCAUCUCUGUAAUACUGCCUUUCAUUCUUAGGCACCUCCAAUUAAAAAGGACUUUGGGUACCAAGUUUUGAAAGAAGUCCCUGCCUGGGAAUUCUGGAGAGCUGGUGCCAGUUACAGCUGACCAUCACUGGGCUAGAUGAACCAAUGGUCUAACUCCAGCAUAGAAAACUACUCCAGUUUAGACCAUUGGUCCAUCUAAUUCAGAGUUGUCUACCCCAGGCAUAGCUAGUGUGGUGCCUUACAAAUAUUUUUGGACUACAGCUAAUAUCAUCCCAUGUUGGCUGGGGCUGAUGGGAUUUGGAGUCCAACAACAUCAGGAAGGGACAAUGUUUGCUACUCCUGAUCUGCAUUGCCAGCAACUUUCCUGGUAUACAGAGAAGGUUCAUUUCCAGUCCUCCAUGGAGGUGCCUGGGAUUGACCCUGUGACCUUUUACAUGCAAAGGAUGUGUUCCAGUACUGCUGAGCUCCAGUCCUUCCCCUUAAACAUGGUAUGAGACAACUUUAUGCAUUCCUUUUCCAUUGAGAUCCUAUGUUGGUGAUUUGUUUCUGACAGAAUAACUCUGAACUGAUGUGCCAGCAGCUCUUGGAAGAGCUUCCUUUAAAAAAAAAGAAGAUGAUCUCUUAUUCUUACAUGGGGUCUUCUAAUGCUUUCCAGACCACACCUGCACAGUGUCAGUAAUGCUUCAUCGUUUGCCUAUAAUUCACUGUUGUGAUGUUGUGCUAGGCAGGGGUCGGCAAUGUUUAUCUUGCCUGGGCCAGAUCGGUCCCACGGAGAUCCCUCUGUGGGCUGGAUCGCAUGUGCGUGCCCGCGAUUUCCGGUGUCUGCGUGUGUGCAAACACAAUUUGCGGCACCGCGGUUUAGCGCAGCGCUCGAACAGGCAGCUCGGUCCGGGGGCGGCUCAUGGGCCAGUCAAACAACCUCCACGGGCCACUUCUGGCCCAUGGGCCUUAGGUUGCUGACCCCUGUGCUAGCACAAUGGCCAUUACAAAGUUUCCAACCAACUUUCACUCAGAGUGGACUCAUUGAAAUGAAUGGACCUAAGUUAGUCAUGCCAUUGGGUCUACUCUGAGUAAUACUUGGUUGGCUGCAACCCCAUGCUUCUUUCUCAUGCCAUAUUGGGCUGUUAACCCAGCUGUAGCAAGGUGCCUCCUUUUUUUACCAAGCAAAAUCCUCCCAACAUAGAUCUCCUCUUCCUUGAAUCUUGCAGAGCCCCAUUUCCUUCAUGCCAUUGAAUACGGGAACUUUGUGUAUUUCUUCUUUCGAGAGAUUGCCGUGGAGCAUAAUAACUUAGGCAAGGUAAGUGUAAAUACAGCUGUUUGUUAUGAUAAGCUACAAAGUCUCUGGGUGAUUUGUAGCGGGCUGAAAAUAUGCUUGCUAUGGAGUGGCUCGCAGUCGUUUCUGUUCAACGACUGGUUUUGAAAAUAAUAAGCUGGCACUUCUCAUACUUCUAAUUGCUGAAGGAGGUGGUGGAAUUUGUGUUCCCCACCCCCCAACCCAACCCAACCUCCAGUCUCACAGCUUUGUUCUCCAGAGCUGGACUUCAUCUGUAAAGAGGUUUACCCUGUCAGUGAAAAUCCAAAUUGGCCUCCUCCCUACCCAAACACAUGGAACACAAUCGCUUGGAAAAUUCACCUGUGAAUCAAAUGAACCUCCUGCUCUUAUUUUAGUGCUGCAACACAGAUGUAGACAAGACCAGGAUUUAUAAUUGGUUGUCUCUAUAAACUGGUCGGCAACUAGAUUUGCUGGAGGACUAAUUUGACUCCCUUCCCUCAAAAAGACCUGGGGCUCAUCUACACCCCAUUUCUGAGCUGGGCAAUUGGAGAGAUAGGUAGUAUGGGGCUAGGUUUGACCCAAGGUUUUCAUAGUGGCUGAGCCCUAAUCAAAACAUGGCUUCCUUUUUCUGUGGCGGGAAUGAGAAAUCUUAGAUCCGGUGGCAUCUGUCUCUGGCCCUCAAGACUCCAAAGCCCACUCCUAACCCACACGGCACCCUUUAGCGAGACUGCUUCACGCCUUCCAUGAGUGUUUUCACCUCACUGGAAUGUAACCUUGAACUCUGAUAAUUCCUCUUGUUUGCAAGGAUGGAGGAUAGAAAAUGUGUGUGUAGAAACUAGCCUAUUGUACAAUGGUUAAGAAAAGCAGGAAAGUGUGGAGAAGCUUGCAUGACAAGUAUUAUAUAAAUAUUGAAAGUAAACCUCCAGGUUGGACAACAGGCAUGCAUUAUAAAGUGGGCUGCCUUUAGAGACCAUUUGGAAACCGCAGCUGGUGCAGAAUUCAACAGCCAAAUUGCUGACCAGAGCAGGGCAGUCUGAACAUACAAUACCAGCUCUGGCACAACCGCCUAUCAAUUUUUUUCCAGACCAACAAAGCCUUGUGCAGCUUCAAGAUCCACCUCUCCCCACAUGAACUGACCUGGGCUUUGCAAUCAUCAUCUGAGGCCCUUCUUCAUGUGUCCCUUUCACAGGAGGUUCUGGGGAGGGGGGGCAGCAACAUGAGCCUUUUCAGUGGUUGCCUCUCCCCCCCACACACACACACUUCUGAAAUGCCCUCCCCAGGGAGGCACUUCUAGUGCAAUCUUUAUCCAUUUUUAGAUGCCAGGCAAAUACUUUUCUCUUUAGCUGGGCUUUUGGACCUUAAUUUGAUGGGUGGCAUUGUGGUCCGUUGCCUAAGUCCUGCCUUUUAUUUGUAUAAUUGUGUGCUCUUGAUUCCCCCACCCUGUUAUUUUUAUUUGAUUUUACAAAUAUGAAUUUAUAACUAUACCAAAUAGACAUCCAUGUAAAGAGAUAACUCUGAAUCUCGGGACUCCCAGCCCCCAUCCCCUCUAUGGGUCCUAUUGUCAACAUUUUCAUCUUGAUUCAUUUUAAUAUAAGUUGCUUUGGGUCACUUGGUGAGAAAAGCGACUAACAAAAAUAAUGGAUAAAUAAUGAAUACAUUGAGAAAGGUUCCCCACCCCUGCCAAUGGAGUUGGCAUAGGGAAUCUACAAGCAGUUGGUUUCCUUUUACCAAAGUUGCUGUUAUAACAGUGGUGGUUUUCCAGACGGAUUAGUUGCCAGCCUGACUUUCCUCCUUUCCUGUUGUCCCCCACGCAAGGCUGUGUACUCCCGUGUAGCUCGCAUUUGCAAAAACGACAUGGGUGGCUCUCAGAGGGUGCUGGAGAAGCACUGGACGUCAUUCCUGAAAGCGCGUCUCAACUGUUCCGUCCCCGGGGAUUCGUUUUUCUACUUUGACGUGCUCCAGUCGAUCACAGACAUAAUAGAAAUCAACGGAGCCCCUACUGUUGUCGGCGUAUUCACUACGCAGCUUAACAGGUAAGAGAUGAGCGACCCGGCGUCAAAAAGAGAGGGAGGUUCUCUGGUUCACUGCCGACGGUUAAUCCGUCGCUGCUUUGUCGCCUGGCUUCCCUGCAACGUCUUCUCCCGUGUGUCUUUUUACAGCAUCCCCGGUUCCGCAGUGUGUGCCUUUAGCAUGGAGGACAUUGAGAAAGUCUUCAAAGGAAGAUUUAAGGAACAAAAGACUCCAGAUUCUGUUUGGACAGCUGUACCUGAAGACAAAGUACCAAGGCCGAGGUAAAGGAAAUAAAUGAAUGAUAAUCUGUCAUCAGAAUGUUGUUGUCAUGGCCCCAUCUGUACAGCUGCUUUGGAAUCAGUGAAGAACACGUUGGUCCAUCCAUGUGCCUCUGGCUGGGAAUUGUGAGCUGCUUUGAGCUCAAAUUGGUUGAUGGAAAAGCAGCAUACAAAUAACAGAUCAAAUCAGUGUUUAUGUUUAAUUUCAAACUGCACCUUGCACAUGGCAAGGGGGCAAGGCCUCUGUCUUGCAUGCAGAAGUACCUAGGUUCAAUCACUGACAUCUCCAAUUAGGACUGGAAGGGACCCUUGCCUGAAACCUUGGGAAACAGCAGCCAGUUAGGGUGGACAGUGCUGAUCUACAUGACCCAAUGGUCUGACUUGGGGUAAGACAGCUUCUUGUGUUCUUAUGUUCUGAUGACAAAUGACUCAACUAAAGAAUUUGUUUGCCCACCAUUUUCCUCCUGGAAAACCUGCAGUUUAUUGCUGAAUCAGAGCAAACAGCAGUCGGGUUUUCUGAUAGCAGAUUGCCAUUUAUUCUGAUUUAGUACAAAAGAGCAGGUUUUCUGGGGGCAAAGGCAGAACAGCUGAAACCCAAGCUUAGAAAGCAGGAAAUGGCUCAAUAUAUAUAAAAGGCAAGCACUGAGACGCGUGUGGAAAGCGACGCAUGCACUAAUUAAAGUACAAAUACAGAGAUUUUUGAAAGACUUGUUGGAGUAGGAAGUUCUUCAGUAGGCAAUGAGAAGGUAAUAGAGAUUGCACCUGUAUGAUAUUUAAUGGAAGAACAUUUCCCCCACCUGUCCAGAUGUUGAGAAUGAGCCAGGAAUGGGGAAUCAAAGGCUUGGAACCUCAGCAUGCUACAAGUAAACCUUCCUAAAAAUGUGCAAAACCCCAAAAUCUAGACAGAAUUUCAGAUGACUCCCUCAUCAUGAACAUGGAGUAACAAAGCAAUUGGCCAGCCUUGUGCUGAGCGAUUGUCUCAAAUGGUCCCAAAGUAGCAGUUUUCGUUUGGACUCCAAAUUCAUUUUUCCUUGGCUGUUCGUGCUGCUCCUUCAGAAUUCUGCCCCUUCCCUUCACUUAAAAAAAAAAAAUGGGAAAAAAAUGUUGCUUUCCUUUCAGACCUGGGUGCUGUGCAAAACACGGCCUAGCAGAGGCUUACAAAACCUCCAUUGAUUUCCCAGAUGAAACCCUCUCUUUCAUCAAAUCCCACCCUUUGAUGGAUUCCGCCGUUCCCUCCGUCAUUGAGGAGCCUUGGUUUACAAAGACAAGGGUCAGGUAAGGAAGGAGGCCUUGUUGCGACACGAGGCUCAGCCGCUGCACAUCUGAAACAUAAUACUAUGCCAGCCACACCAGGCAGGACUUUGGGGAGAUCAGGUUUUCCUACACGGGACUGAUUAAGGCCUCAUCUGUACUAUACAUUUAAAGCAGUGCCAUGCCACAGUCACGGCUUCCUCAAAGAAUCCCAGGAACUGUAGUUUGUUAAGGCUGUUGACAGUUGUUAGGAUACCCCUGUCCCCCUUACAGAGCUGCUGUUUUCACAGUGGUUUAACAGUCAGUCCCUCUUCCCAGGGAACUCUGCGAUUCGUAGAUCUGUUGUUGAGGGUUUCCAUGUGCCCUCUUAUUUUUCCAGGACAUGUCCUCUUUUUCACGGGUAGAAUCAUCACAGCGAUCCAUAGUUAAAAGUAAGGUAAAGGUAAAGGGACCCCUGACCAUUAGGUCCAGUCGUGACCGACUCUGGGGUUGCGGCGCUCAUCUCGCUUUAUUGGCCGAGGGAGCCGGCAUACAGCUUCCGGGUCAUGUGGCCAGCAUGACUAUGCUGCUUCUGGCCAACCAGAGCAGCACACGGAUACACCGUUUACCUUCCCGCUGGAGCGGUACCUAUUUAUCUACUUGCACUUUGACGUGCUUUCGAACUGCUAGGUUAGCAGGAGCAGGGACCGAGCAAAGGGAGCUCACCCCGUUGCGGGGAUUUGAACCGCCGACCUUCUGAUUGGCAAGUCCUAAACUCUGUGGUUUAAACCACAGCGCCACCCGCAUCCCUUAUAGUUAAAAGUAGAAGUCUUCAAAUGUGUCCUCUUUUUUGCUCUUCAAAAUAUGGCAACCCUACAUCAUGUUCCAGCCAUUUUUGCCUCUGUCCCCACCACUGGUAUGUGCCGCCCGCAAAAGCUUGCCCCAAAGAGGCAAGCUCUUCUCCUCUGAUUUAAACAAGCAAAUAACUACACACUUCUUUGGAUCUAACCAGAGAUUGUGCAGUAUGGGAGAUCUGGUUCUUGCAGGUGUCACAAAGAGCUUAUGUGUGAUAAGCAACCCAGGGCUGGCCAUGUGCAGGGCAGAGUGUACAUGGCUGGCAUAAUGUUGUGCUCUGCUUUCCUGCCCCUGCGGCCAAUGAUGUGAAGCCUGGGGUUGCGGUGGGAGGGCAGGGAGAUGCAAAAUGCAAUGUUGUCAGACGUGGGAUCUUUAUCUUAUUUACCGUUUCUUCUAUAUGGAUUUGUAUUUCCAAACAAAUAAAAAUCUCAAUGUGUUUUGCAACCCAGCUCCAAGCAUCUGACAUAGCAUUGCAAAAUACAAAAAAAAAAAAACCAACAACACCCUUACAAAUGAAGGUCACAUAAUGGAGAAUAGACAUUUAAGAUGGCAUGAUUAACAGGAAAACAAAAUAAACAUUGUUACAGAAUUGGUUUUGUUAGAUUUUCUAUACAAAAAUGCCAUAAAAUUCCAUCAGAGAGCAUCAUUAGCAACUGAACAAAAUAAGAGGCAGCUCUGCCCCUCCACUCCAGUAACCUCUCCCAAGUACAUUCUUGAAAACGUUCCACAUGCAAACCUCACUCUUAAGCAUUCCCAGCAACAAUGCAGAUAACACAGCCAAUCCCCAGCCAAAUAUUUGUUGCAAAGCAAACAUCUGGUCUAGAAAAAAUGCCUGGCAGCAUUAAGCGUGAUUUACACUCGGCUCUUCACCCACCUCCAUCUAGGAUGGUACAACAUGCUAUAAACAGGAACAUAGCUUAUCUUUCCUUCAAGGAGCUCGAGGUUCUCCCCCUCUUCAUUUCAUCCUCACAACCCUAUGAUGGAAGUUAGGUUGAUUGACAGGGACCGGCCCAAGGUCUCCUAGUGAGCUUGCACCACACUGGCUCAAAUUGCCCUGCAGAGUUUCUGAGUGAAUCAUUCCAACCGCAACCCAUUGGCUUUGGUGGAGAAAGGAAACACAGUGCAACCCUCGAUAUACCUACUCAUAGGCAAGCUCCACUGAGUUCAAGGAGUGCCACAUCAGCAAAGCACUUAUUCUGGUCCCACUUGAACGGGUAUCAGGUUUCUUGUCAUUGACACACUAGCAAAUUGGCCACCAAGCUGUGGAGGAUGUCUAUGGAAGCAUGAGCUAGCAUGAGUGGGAUUUGAUUACAGUUGCCAAAACCAUAAAUGGUUCUCCAAAACCACUUUGGAGAAUGAGUCUGAGUCUUUGACUGUCACUCAGCUGUGUUUCCAGACAGUGACUAUUCCGGUUGUUACUCAACUGUUCACAACACUUCGCUUGUUAAAAAUAGCAUUCCUUCCCUCUCAUUCCUUAUUGCAAGGAUGGGGAGCCUUUGCCCCUCCAGAUGUCCCAGGACUGCAACUCCCUACAUUCCCAGCCACUGGGAGCUAAAAGCAUCCCCCAAAGUGUUGAUUGAAAACAGCAUAAAUAGAGAUGAGUGUAUAAUUUGGUGUUGUUAGCUGCUGCCUCCCCAGACUAGGCAAAAGCAGUGGUACUUCCGUAUUCAGGACCUAGGAGGAACAAAUUUUGGGGGUCUCUAAUGUGGAGGAAUUAUUAUACAGGAGAUCUUGGUCUUGACAGGUAUCGGUUGACAGCAAUCGCAGUGGACCACUCUGCCGGCCCGUAUCAAAACUACACAGUCAUCUUUGUUGGCUCUGAAGCUGGAAUGGUACUUAAAAUCCUGGCAAAGACCAAACCUUCUUCUUUGAAUGACAGCGUGUUACUGGAAGAGAUUGAUGCAUACAAUCAUGCAAAGUAGGUAUACUUUUACAAGAACUGCUUGGUGACAUUGUACAGCGUCUGUCUCGUUUGAGUCACUUGCUGCUUUGCCACCUGAUUUAAAUGUGUUUCCCACCUCACCUCCUUGUCUGAUGCUUUCCCAGCGCUUAGGGGAAUGUUUAUUUGAGCAACAUCUGAAAAUAUUUGUGUGCUUGCCUUGCAUUCUAAUUCUGUGUGCAUGCCGCUCUUAAGUCAGAAAAAAACUGCCCUAUUCCUCGGUGUAGGAGCAGUCCCUUGUUUGCUGACGAACACACCCAAAACACAUUGGUUGAUACGUACUAGAAUGAAAGAAAGAGUACGGGGUCCAUCAGAACAUUCAAUCAGAAAACAAUUGAGGGACAGUUUCCCUGUGGAAAUUGUAGCGUUUGUCCAAAUUGCAGUUGGUAAUCAUUCCAAGGGAUAACAAGGAAUAUCAGAGCAAAGAUUUUUAUGCGGAUAAAAGCCUUUUUUACCGGGCUUCUUAUGGAGGAAGGGUAGGAUAUAAACAUGGUACUGAUGAUAAUAAUGUAUGUAUGUAAUACAAAAUAAGUAAUCUAUAUAGUGGCAAAGGGAUGCAGGUGGUGCUGUGGGUUAAACCACAGAGCCUAGGGCUUGUUGAUCAGAAGGUCGACGGUUUGAAUCCCCGUGACGGGGUGAGCUCCCAUUGUUCGGUCCCUGCUCCUGCCCACUUAGCAGUUUGAAAGCACAAAGUGCAAGUAGAUAAAUAGGUACCGCUCCGGCGGGAAGGUAAACGGCGUUUCCGUGCUCUGCUCUGGUUCGCCAGAAGCGGCUUAGUCAUUCUGGCCACAUGACCCGGAAGCUGUACACCGGCUCCCUCAGCCAGUAAAGCGAAAUGAGCGCUGCAACCCCAGAGUCGUCCGCGACUGGACCUAAUGGUCAGGGGUCCCUUUACCCUUUGCCUUUAUAGUGGCAAAGGACCCACCAGGCACCACCUUGCCACAGGCUCCCUCCACCCUGUAUUAAUUUAGGAAUCUGUUCUAGCUUCAUAAAUCAGCAGUUUGCCAUAUUUUCUCUCCCACCCUUAAUUCUAUCGAGAUCAACCCAUAUGUCUUCGUAAAAGCUCUGAGGAAAUUGGGCUUUUCUUAUUCCUGGCAUGCAGCUUUUUCAUAGAUGGAUGUAACCCACCUCAUAGUAAAUUCAGAAGUGAUAAACUGGAUUAAAGUUUAGCCAAGUUACAGGGAACCAGGCAGAGGGCCUUCUCAGUAGUGGCACCCGCCCUGUAGAACGCCCUCCCACCAGAUGUCAAAGAGAAAAAUAACUACCAAACUUUUAGAAGACAUCUAAAGGCAGUCCUGUUUAGGGAAGCUUUUAAUGUUUAAUAAGUUAUUGUAUUUUAGUGUUUUGUUGGAAGCCGCCCAAAGUGGCUGGGGAAACCCAAACAGAUGGGCGGGGUAUAAAUAAUAAAUUAUUAUUAUAUAAAUUAUUAUAUAAAGGGGGUCAAAAGAAAUAACAGCGUGUAAUUGUGUAAUUGAACAGGUGUAAUGGGGAUGGUGAAGAGGACAAGAAGGUCAUCUCCCUGCAACUGGACAAAGAGCACCAUGCCUUAUUUGUUGCAUUCUCCAGCUGUGUCAUUAGAAUUCCACUCAGCCGUUGCGAGCGUCACGGGUCAUGCAAAAAGUAAGCCCUCUCUGUCCAAACAUGUCUAUACAAUGGAGUGCACCAAGGUUAGGAGGCAGUAAAAAAGGUUAAUUUCCUCUCGCCGCAGGUCUUGCAUUGCGUCUCGAGAUCCUUACUGUGGCUGGCUGAACCAUGGGACCUGCGGAAGAGUGAAAUCAAGCAUGUUGUAAGUAGCAGGAUUUUUAAUAAAUAAACGGCAUUGUGUUAGUCAACGCCAGCACCUUUAAAUAGGUUUUAAUAUGCAGCAUGGGUCAGGUGUUCUUGAAACAGAAAGUCAUUGCUUGAGAUGUGCAGAACGGACCUCAUAAAAUCAUCUUAACUACCAACUGCUGUAUUUUUUGCUCUAUAAGACUCACUUUUUCCCUCCUAAAAAGUAAGGGGAAAUGUGUGUGCAUCUUAUGGAGCGAAUGCAGGCUGAGCAGCUAUCCCAGGAGCCAGAACAGCAAGAGGGAUUGCUGCUUUCACUGCGCAGUGAUCUGUCUUGCUGUUCUGGCUUCUGAGAUUCAGAAUAUUUUUUUUCUUGUUUUUCUCCUUCAAAAACUAGGUGCGUCUUGUGGUCUGGUGCGUCUUAUAGAGCGAAAAAUACGGUCGUUUCUGGGCUCAAUUUAUAGAGGGGUUAAUAAUCUUGUGAAGCUUUAAACCAUCUGGGACCAGGUUGUCUGAAGGGCUGUUUUCACCCAUUUGAACCAGCUGGACAAAUAAAAGUUAACUUUGCUCUGUGGCCCAUCAUUAACUAAUAUCUGAUGGGGUGGUACGAGGUACAGGACCAUCUCAGUGAUGACAGCACAGUUGUGGACAUUUCUCACUGGGGAAUCAGGGUUGUAUGAGCGUAGGAACAUUAGGAGAGCCCUGCUAGAUCAGACCAAAGGGUUACCAGUAUCCCGUUUGACACAGAAGCCAACCUAAUGUCUCCGGAAGCAGGACAUGAGUGGCAGGGUGGUGGCAAUAGACCUCACAUUGCAAUAACCCAGCAACUGAUAAUUCAUAGCCAUACUGCCUCUGAAUCUGGACAUGAUAUUUGUCCAACGUGGCCUACAUUUCCACUCCCCAAUACAGUGAUCAGAGGAGCUAGUAAAAGUAUAAAAGGUUUUCUGGUGCCUUGUUGCCAGGGAAAACAGGGCAGGGAACUAUGGGUCAGAUUGUGUUGGACAGCUCUGUCGUUAGAUAAUUUGGGAGGCAUAGUGUUAAGUUCUCCUGAGCAAGACCCUUUGGGAUGAAAAGAAGUCAUAAGCCAGGCAUAGGCAAACUUGGCCUUCCAGAUGUUUUGGGACUACAACUCCCAUCAUCCCUAGCUAACAGGACCAGUCAGUGGUCAGGGAUGAUGAGAAUUGUAGUCCCAUACAUCUGGAGGGCCAAGUUUGCCUAUGCCUGUCGUAAGCAGAUACAACACCACGUGGUCGUAGUAAUCUCUGCUUCCCGUUCAUUUCACUGGGGCCUGUGUAGGAAAUCUUCCCUGUGGGUUGGGUAUUAUUUGGCCGUGGCUAUUUAACCCGCUUGAAGUUGCAAGGAUUAUUGUGAAGAAGGCAUAGCCAUUAAAUGGUUGAGAUUCCAAGUAGAGGUCACUGAAGACGAAAUCUCUUCCCUUCAUUGUAUAUCCAGCGCCCAGCUCCCCUUAGCAGCAGCCUUUCUCAACCUGUGGGUUCCCAGAUGUUGUUGGACUACAACUCCCAUCACCCCUAGCUAGCAAGGCCAGAGCUCAGGGAUGAUGGGAGUUGUAGUCCAACAACAUCUGGGGACCCACAGGUUGAGAACUGCUGCUUAGCAAAUGCUGAAUGAACAUGUUUUGCGGCUUUUGUGUUUCUUUUGAGAAUGACGGUGGCCAUUGGUUUCUUCCCCAACUAAUGCUGUUAAUUGCAGGUUAUCUUUGUUUGUUUCAUACAACCACAGCGUUGGAGGAUAUGAGCAAGAUGUGGAAUAUGGCAACACCGCACAACUCGGGGAUUGCCACGGUAAGCACAAGUCCCAGGGCCAACUUGAAAAUGUGGCAUGGUUUGGUUUGCGGGCCACACUCUUGUCGGUGUGGAUGUCACACAAAAAUGGCACGGAGCACCCCGCCCCCUUGUAAACCAUUUAGCACAAACCUAAGCCACUUGAUCUUGGGUGGUGGAACCCCCCCCCUCCCUUGGCCAUUUUUCUCCCAGCCUUCAUGUAUUGUUCAUGAAGGUCUAGAUGUCAACUUAUUAAAACAGGUAUUCCCCUCCCCUUUUCCUUUUUUUUUUCUUCCUUUUGGGUGAACCUAUUGUGUUUUGUUUUCUGAUUUUCAGCUUUGGAAAUCUAUUUUGCUUUUCCUUUCGGUUACUUUACACUGAUUACGUGUUCCUUUAAUUCUUUUAGAAAUUUUGCCUACUACAACUACACCAGAUUACAAAAUAUUUGGCGAUCCAACAUCUGGUUAGUUUUUUUCAAUCAUUUUUUUCUCCUCCCCCCAGUUAAUGGAACUUUUCUUUCCUUCAGUUCAGCAUUUUCAGACAGCCUCGUCCCCCUUUUCUUUUUUACUUUUCUUUUCCUCCUCCCUUUUUCUUUCCUUUGGUGCAGUUGGCAAGACCUCCAUAUUUUUUGCUUUUCUGCUUUUACUCAUCUCUCUUCUGAUGGUCAAGGAACAGCCAAGACUUUCUCUCACUUAACACUUUCCACCUUGUGUAUCUGCAUGCUUAAGAGCUCAUUGUUAAUUGAGACACAUCUUUUAUUAAGUGAAAGAGCCUGAUUAACAUAGAUGACAUUCUCACUGCACGAAAUGCCCGCUAAGCUUCUACUCUUUCCCCCUCCACUCAACCAUGUCUUCAUGAACGCUACCCUAGCAGUUAGAUGCCUGGUCCACUUCAUCUCCUCCCUUUCCUCCUCCUCCUGUGUCGUCCCGGCUAUUUAUAAAAAGCAAAUGCACAUUUCCCCCCCCUGAAAUGUGUAUUUCUGAAAUGUUGGAAAUGUGUUGAUAUCUUCAAAGGUUUUCAGAAAUGCAUUUGUGCUAAUAGCAUCAUAUCCACUAAUAGGUGGCAUUUAGCAUCAGAUCGCUUCAAGUUUUAUGUGCUUCUUCCAGAAAAAUUACAGAGCAAAUGAGGGGACGGCUUUGCCUUUAAUAAGCUGUUGGUAAGAGUGAGAAGGAUGGGGGUUUUUUCCCCAUCGCUUGCAUCACAGGACUUGUCUUUGUGCUUCCUUUACAGAGGAAACCCAACCAUUCUCCAAACAACAGGCAAACUUACAAUAGGCUUUUCAUGUCUGCAAUACUAUUUCAAUUGCCUACAUAUGGCUUUCCCCCCUCCUAAACUCUGAUCCCUCAGCUCUCAUGCGGCAAGAGAAAUUAUACAAUAGCUUUCCAAGAGGUGUCUUGGUUUAGGUACUGAAACAUAGAGUUCAGUUCCAAAAAUCGGUGGUCUGGGAUUUUGUGUGCCAUUACUGAAAUCUCAGCAUCUUACCUGAAUAGGAAAAGUAACAACAGUAAGGAAAGUGGUUGUAAUAUACCGCACAGUUAGAUAUGCAAACUUAGAAUUAAAAACUGAAUAAUAAUAAAAAGAAUUUCCUUGCCUGGAUCAUUAGGAAAGGGAUCAAAGAUAAAACUGCUAAUAUUACAAUGCCUUUUGCACAUUGUAAUUUACUAUGGUGUGGCCACAGUUUAAUAAUAAAUAAUAAUAAUAAUAAUAAUAAUAAUAAUAAUAAUAAUAAUAAUAAUAAUAAUUAUUUAUUAUUUAUGCCCCGCCCAUCUGGCUGGGUUUCCCCAGCUACUCUGGGUGGCUUCCAACAGAACACUAAAAUACAAUAACCUAUUAAACAUUAAAAGCUUUCCUAAACAGGGCGGCCUUCAGAUGUUUGGCAGUUAUUUUCCCUUUGACAUCUGGUGGGAGGGUGUUCCACAGGGCGGGUGCCACUACCUAGAAGGCCCUCUGCCUGGUUCCCUGUAACUUGGCUUCUCGUAGCAAGGGAACCACCAGAAGGCCCUCGGCGCUGGACCUCAGUGUCUGGGCAGAACGAUGGGGAUAGAGACGCUCCUUCAGGUAUACUGGAUUGAGGCCAUUUAGGGAUUUUAAGGUUUUGGUUCAGUUCUGGUUGCCACACCUCAGGAAGGAUAUUGUAGAGCUGGAAAAGGUGCAACCCAGAUUAUCAUUUGGGGGCUGAAAGAAAGGUUGCAGCUUACACUGAGUGAGAGGGGUAAUAUGACCAGACUAUGGAGAAAAUGUAGAAGGGGAAGUUUUUCUUCCGCUCUCAAAAUAUUAUAAUAUAUGUGUUAUACAUUAAUAAUAAAGUCAAUAUUUUAAUGGAGACCACUUUGAGGUAUGCAUAGAGCGAUAUAUGUAAAACUAUGACAAAUAAAUACUAGAACUCAAGACCAUCCAAUGGUGUGGUAGAAUAUUCAGAACAUUUCUUCACACCGCAUAGUUGCCACCUUGGGCAGCUCUAAGAGCAAAUUUGACAAAUCCAUGGAGGCUGAGAGGAUUAAUGGCUACUAAUCAUAAUGGCUAUAUUGUAUGGAUUAGAGGCAAUACAUCUCUGAAUAGAAGUUGUUGGAGGACACAAGUGGUAGAGGAACAGCACUUUUCCUACUUUGGCUUCUCAUAGACAUCUGGUUGGCCACUAUGGGAACAGUGUUUGGUCUGAUCCAGGAAACAUUCAGUUUCCCACCAAGGUUAGCUAGCUGCCCACUGUCUCUGUAUGUGGAGGUAUUAUGUAUUAUCAUCAUCAUUAGCUCUUAUACCUGAUAUAGCUGAGUUGUGGUUUGUCUGUCCACCUGUCUGUCUGUCCACUCGCUAUGCAUUCAGACACCUCUUGAGAUAUCGCUGCCAAACUUAACACAAUGAUUCCCAAGAUAGAGGAGCUGGUUUCCCAUCUGUGUUUGGCUACUGUUGUGACACCGCUUUACAUCAAGAUGCUGGACUGCAACAUUUUGGACGCCUCUUAAGAUAGGGUCACCAGAUUUUGCAUGAUGGUGCCUGAGAUGCAAAGAGCAGUUGCAGGACUGUUUGUAAAAGAGCUUUCAAACAGCCCUGCACUGUGCUUUGACUGUGUGUUCUUGUCCCCAGAAGGAGAAGAGACUUAGCAUUGCCUUGCUGUUCCCAACUAUGUUGGACUUUAAAAGCCUUAAUUAGCACAACUCCCAAGGCCAGAUUCUGGUUUAUCGUUGCCUGGGUUGGGGCAGGGAAGGGCACACACAGCCCUAGAAACUGACAGAGUGCAUUACCCAUUUAUAAUCUCAGUAUUAAUAAAUAAUAAUAAUAAUAAUAAUUUGUUUCUGAGAAUUCUCAAGCAAGACCGGGCCCUUACAAUUGGUAGGUUGUAUAGGUUUGAAGGGUUGUUGCCAUGUCUGUUCACGAUGCAUUUGGACUUAAGACCUUGUAACCAAAUUAUGCAACUUGCUUUUGAUAAUUUAAGGGUGGGGCAAAAGGCAGGACAAGCCUUGCAGGGAGUUGGAACCAGAUGAUCACCAGAGUCCCCUUCCAACUCUACAAUUCUGUGAUUUGAAAGGUUCCUGGGAGCAGGGGUCUUGUCCAUGUUUGGAUACAAUGGGACACCAUUUUGAAUCAAGAUGGCAGACUGAACCUUUCAGAGCUGCGCCAGUGCUUUGGUUUCCCAGAAUUCCUGAGCAGCACAGGAGGGAAAUGAUCAAGGAGGCAGGUGUCAGAAUAUGAACCUAAGAAGAGUGUGCUGGAUCAGACCAGUGGCCAACCAAGGUGUUUGUGGCAAACCUGCAAGCAGAGCCCAAGCACACUUUCCCCUCCUGCAGUUUACAGCAACUGAUAAUCGGAAGUAUUACUGCAUCCAGCUGUGAAGUCAAGCAUAGCUAGUAGCCAUUGAUAACCUAAUCAUGAACUCAUUUAAUCCUCUUUUAAAGCCAUCCAAGUUGGAAGAAAUCUCUGUCUCCUGUGGGAGGGAGUUCCACAGUUUAACUUUGUGCUGCGUGAAGUAGUACAGUGGUACCUCGGGUUAAGUACUUAAUUCGUUCUGGAGGUCUGUUCUUAGCCUGAAACUUAGCUGAAGCACCACUUUAGCUAAUGGGGCCUCCUGCUGCCGCUGCGCCGCCGGAGCACGAUUUCUGUUCUCAUCCUGAAGCAAAGUUCUUAACCCGAGGUACUAUUUCUGGGUUAGCGGAGUCUGUAACCUGAAGCGUAUGUAACCCGAGGUACCACUGUACUUUCUUUUAUCUGUUCCCAAUAGAAGUUUUGAAGCCCUGUUUUCAACAGGGGCAUCAGUUCCCUUCUGGUGGUGGUUUUUUGUUUUUUUUAGCAUUUCCAUCCCAAAUUCCUCCUAAAUGGUUAGACUGCUGCUUUUUUCUUUAAUUCAAAAGGCAAAAUUCCACGUUGGACUUCAAUGAGAGCACAAUCCAGUACAGAGUACGCUCCUCUGAUGUUUCCUUAAUUCUAUCUGCCAAUUACAAUUUUUUUCCACAUGCUUUUUAAUGCUUCUGGAAGUUUGACAGCAGACGAUUCUUUGAUGCUAUUUGCACUUCUGUAAUGAAACAAGAAUGGCGUUUGAUGGAUUUUGUUUGUCCAAGAACUAAUUCUGGUGGGGAGGGAGGAAAGUCGCAGUUCCCUUGUGUGAAAAAUAUGCCCUUUCUGCCUGUGCAUGAAUGGAUGAAAAAAAAAUCAGGUUUACUUUUAAAUGUUGACAUGAUGCACUUGAUUCCACACUGUCGAUUAAUAGGGAUUUGUAAGUCACAUUCACCCAAAGCUUUCCACUGCAGAUAUGCACAGGAGGUUUAGAAAUUGACACCACCCCUGAUGUCAACAUGAAUUGUGGCAUAUGAGCUAUAGAAUGCUAUGAAUUCCAAGUUUUGCUUUUGUCCAGUUAUAUCAAGCUCCUGGCCCUCAUGAUUACAGACCUGAUUGCCUGAAAGCUUCCUUGCCGUUUCUGAUAAAGGCUCACACCCAUUCCUAUGAAUCCACCAUAGCUAUACAGUAGCUGUUAUUGCUGUAGCUCAAGGCACAAUCCUUUUUUCCUUUUCCUUUUUACAAGUGAGAUUGAGACAUCCAAAACACCCACACCUGCCAUAUUCUUCCCAAGGCCCAUUAGAAGAGGCCCUGUUGGCACUGCAAGAGGCUAGACCUCAUUAAUGCCAUAACACUAAAUGUUACACACUCUAGAAGGUCUGGGAGGAUAUCUCAGUGAGACCUUUGCUCAGUCAGCAUGACUCUUAAGUCUGUGAGCUCCUUACCUCUCUAUACAUAUAUUGUUUCUAGUCAAAAUGUCUUAAACACACACAGAGAAGUAUGGGAAAUAAAGUCGCAAUAAAAGUAUUACAAGCAUUCUGUACUGUCUUGUCUCAAUUCUGCACCCAGAGGAUUGUGUGCAUAGUAUAUAAGAAUAAGAAUAAGAAUAAUAAAUUUUUAUUUAUAGCCCGCCCUCCCCAGCCGAGGCUGGUCUCAGGGUGGCUAACAACAAUAAAAUAAUACAACACUCUAAAAUAAUUUCAUUAAAAAAUUACUUCAAAUCAAAUUGAUGGCAACCAUUGGGCUAGAGUUCUGUGAAGAAUUACCAAAGGAGGGAGUCAGGCUGUGCCCUGGCCAAAGGCUUGGCGGAACAGCUCUGUCUUGCAGGCCCUGCGGAAAGAUGUCAAGUCCCGCAGGGCUCUAGUCUCUUGUGACAGAGCGUUCCACCAGAUCGGAGCCACAGCCAAAAAAGCCCUGGCUUUAACCGCCCUGUGGCCUGGGACCUCCAAGAUGUUUUUGUUUGAAGAUCAUAAGUUCCUCUGUGGGACAUACCAGGAGAGGCGGUCCCAUAGGUACAAGGGUCCUAGGCCGUAUAGGGCUUUAAAGGUUAAAACCAGCACCUUAAACCUGAUCCUGUACGCCACCGGGAGCCAGUGCAGCUGGUAUAGCACCGGGUGAAUGUGAUCUCGCAGCGAGGACCCCGUAAGGAGUCUCGCUGCGGCAUUCUGCACCCGCUGGAGUUUCUGGGUCAGUCUCAAGGGCAGCCCAUAUAAAUCUAUGCAGAGCUUUGUUUUGUGAAAUUGAUUCCACCAGCAGGAUGCAAAGCAAGACACUCAGUUUACAAUGAAUCCCCUCAUCAUAAAUGUGUUAGGGAAAGGGGAUUAGCUCUUCAAAUGCCUUUUCUGUGGUGGCUCCCCAAAUGUGGAAUGCUCUCCCCCCCAGGGAAGCUUGCCUGGUGCCUUCGUUACAUAUCUUUAGGCGCCAGGCAAAAAAUUCCUUUUAACCCAGGCAUUUGGCUAAUGAAACAAUCGAUGACCUUUUAAACUUGGGGGGAGGCAGGGGGAGGUUAUGAUUUUAUUUUUUACUAUGUUACAUGUUUUUAUACUGUAACCUGUCCUGUGAUCUUCGGAUGAAAGGCAGUAUAUAAAUGUGAUAAUAAUAAAUUGACAGGAAAUAUAUCAGAAACCCAGCCUGACAUAGAAUAAGGCAGCUUCCUCCAUUCCUAAAGUCUGCUUCCCACCCCCCCUCCAUUUUCCAUCUUCCUUACUGAUUUUAUUUAAGCACCACAGUCAUUGAAUAAUGGCAAUAAUUCGCAAUACAUUUCCUGCCCCUGACUUUAAAUCUGAUUUUAAAGAGCAAGUCACAGUAUAAUGCUGUUGUUCCCCGUGCAACUCCUAUUAAGCCUAUUUUCCAAAUACAAUUUAGCAGUCAUCGUGCAAAGUCACUAACUGUUGAGGGUUUCAUAUAAAAAAAGAAACACACACACACCGUAGAGUGGGGGGCAGGAACCUGACUGCAAUGCACAUUAAUAAAAGCAAAAUCUGUUUGCCACCACAGACAUGGCGUUACCCUCAACUUCUGUUACCACAGUGGAAAGUAUCCCCGUUUUCUCACCCAAAGUGAUUGGUUCCUGGAAACCUAAAGUGACUGGCUCCCGGAAAUUUGUAGCCCAAGAUGACCCAAACACCUCUGAUUACUCUGAUUCAUUAUCAGGGGUCCCGAAGGGUAAGGCCUAACCAGGGGUUUUAUUACGGUUGAAAGGAAACCUGAUAGCUUCAGCAGUUUCAAAUUCAAACGCUUGUUCUUAUCAAAAUGUGCAUGCAAUAUCAGCCUGUGUAUGUAAUAAAAAGGUGCGAUCGUGUCGCCUCUCUCUUUUGGGCCAAGAGAGCAGGGAGGAGGGGGGAUUUGGGAAACAAGAUGAGCAGCAACACAGAGUUUGCAUCACUGUUCAACAAACACCUGCUCAUCCUGUUAUUCUCCCCUCCCCGUCAAAUUUUGUUUUGCAUACGCAUUUAAUGCAUGCUCAACAGCGCACGUCAGCUGAGCAUCAAAUCCCAUUGAGUUCAAUGGAGCUUACUCCCGGAAAAGCAUCCUCCUGCACCACACUGCCUUUUGUGUACUUUGUUAUGGGUCUGCGAUAUUCCUUCUGGCUGGCCCACAAUGUCAAAGUUUUACUCUCUCGCAUAAGGCUCGCCGCAGCAUAGCUUUGCAAAAAGCCUUUGCACGGAGUAACCGCAUCAAUCCACCACAGCAGAAACGAGAUCAUUCUGGCUUUUAACAAAAGACUCUCAAAAAACUCUUGCAGCACCAGCUUCCUCCCAAUUGCUGCAUCCUUUAUCAGCGCUAAGGUGUCUUUCUGUGAGAUACACCUCAAAACUGUGGGAGUUUGAGUUUCCUAAAUCUCUCCCGCUAAGAACAACUCCACAUGUUAACAUCAUCACAAACAGUGGGUUAAUCGCCAUGUAAGAAGAAUCAUGUAUUCCAUAAAGGGCAGUGUGGUGCUGCCUGGUUGACCGUAGGUACAUAGAUCAGGCAGCCGGUGUAUAUACUGUGACUGUUUGAUCUGUGUAUCCAUGAGGAAGUUGGGGAGGGGAAAAUCCCUGCAAAUAGCAGCUUCUGCAUUAUGAGGUGUCAGUUGGACACAGAUUGGAGAGGCCUCCAUUCAAAGCACGCUGGAUUAUUGAGUCCUUUGAGUGAUGCUCGCUCUCUCUCUCUCUGCCUAAUCCAGGACAUAGGAUUGUUGUGAAGAUAAAAAUGGAAUAGCCCAUUUCAUCCUCACAACUGAAAAAUAAAUGAGAGAGAGUGGGGGGGCUUCACGUCUGAACAGGCCCCUUAUCUUCUCAUCCAAACUGGCUCAUCCUCUGUUAUCUGGAUACCCAAACUGGACACCUCUUAGUAAAUGGCACAUAUCUGCAUGAUUCUGUCUUUUCUUUUCUCAAAAAAAGAAAAAAUAAGUCGUAAGUUCUCAAGCAAACCUUUCACAUUCAAGUAUUCAGCGAAACGUAUCAGGUUUCCUUUUGGCCAUUGUGGCAGCGCAUUCGUAAUUUGCUUCAGGUGUUUCUUAUCGCUUGGUUGUCCUUUAAAACGAGUCUGCUUUUGCCAGGAUUUGCUCACGCGCUCUCUCAGUCACGCUCGGUAGCGUUUUCUGUAGUAAGCCUUUCUCAGCCUUUCCCCUCCUUUUCCCUCUUCUGCACAAUGCCAUUAAAACCAAUAACCCUGAACCUUUCAACUCUCUUCAAAGGCCUCGCCUCUCAACACACACACAAACCACACGUAACACUCUUCUUUGUUUUAACUUUCCCACUGUGCCGAAUAACACAAUUAGGUGCAUUCUGCCAAACUAACAUUUUCUUAACGGUGCAAUGUCUGUGGUUGCUUUAAAUAAAAACAAAAACCUGCAAGCUCUGAUAUUAACGUGCGAGUUUGAUUUUUUCCCUUUUUUAAUACUAUUGUUUGAUCUUCUAGUACAAAAUUUAAUGCAUUCUAUAGUAUGAAAACUACUAAUACCUCUCAUUAGCCGGAUGGUUUUUAAAUGAUGCUCUGUUCCAAAAGUUCAUUACUCACUGAAGUCUAGGCCUUAAAAUGCAUGGGUAAUCUUGACUUCUUUUUUUAAGCUGCAGAAAAUACCACUUCCAAAAUAGCAAAGUGAGAAAGCUUUUGGAGGGGGGUAAAAAUAUUAGCAUAGUUCUAACAAUGCAAAUCUGCACAUUAUAGAGUUUUGCACAAUAUUUGCAUAAUCCUAUCUCACUUUUGAUUCUGAUUCAUGAGUCGGGCAGGAAAUUGAAAGAGAAAUCCUUCCAUGAGUUAUUAAUUGCAGCUUGGCAGUGUAGCACCUUCUAACCUCAAUUUUCUAGCAGAAAUCGUUAAUGUUAAUACCACACCAGCUACUAUUUGUGAGUCUUAAAAGGAUAUUUCAGGACAGAGUGUGUGCAUUUGGAUUGGCAGAGUGUAGUAAUGCUACUCAUAUAGUCCAGUUCUCCAGAUUAAUAGACACAGAGGUGCAGGUCAGAGAUUGCCAGCCUGUCAAGGGAAGUCUCCUUAUGCUUGUGAUGGCAUCUAGAACUGACAGCCAUUAAAGGCAGCCAUGGAAAGAGAGCCUUCCUUCUAGCUUUCCUGGCCUGCAGAGAGGUAGAUCUGCUGUCUGCUUACCCCCAUAGCUAUGAUUUGCUUCCAUUUGCAAAAGAAAAUGACCUCUCCAAACUGGUAGCAUUCCCUUUUCUCUCUUGUGGUGGCUCUUCUUGCCUGCAGUUGGGAAGGCAACGUAGCAGAGAGGUUGGCUAUUUUCUCAGUCAUUUAGGAAUUGUUAACUCUGCUGUGUAACAAUAAGCCACCCUGUGAGGUUUUUUUUAAAGCUUAUUGUUCAUUGUUUUGUCUUAUUAACUGAACAGUGGUUUAAAAUAUCUUCUUAUACUCUGCCCUGAGAUCAAUUUGAUAGAGGGCAGGUCGUGAAUACUUUCAUAAAUAAAAUAAAAACCAGCUGCCAGACAGAACAAGGAAGGCAAACAGCUGCUGAUAUUGUAGUUUCCUUGGUUUCUGGAGCAAGGAAAAGCAUGGCACUGCUAUAAGGACGAGUAGGCAACAUCAGUGCACUCUCUCCUAUCAGAAGUAUAGAUAGACCUAAGUAAGAGCUUGACCAGGUCUCUGCAGGUGCCUGUAAUAGCUAUAAGAUCCAGAGCAGAGGUGGAGACCAUGUGGCCCUCCAGAUGUUGGACUACAACUCCCAUCAUUCCUGUUUGUUGGCCAUGCUGGCUGGUGCUGAUGAUAGUUGGGAGUCCAACAACAUCUGGAGGGCCCCUGAUCCCAAGAGCCAAGCAGGCGUCAGGGAGGGGUGCAACUGUAGAACAACACCCCUAUUAAGAGGGCAACGUGAACUGGUCAGCAUGGUUCCUCCAACAGCCAUGCCCUGCUUGAUGCCUGUGGUCAGCUUUGAUAAGUUAGCUAAGAGCAAGGGGCCCAGAAAGGAUGACUGGAAAGACCAAACUGCAGCACAGUGCUACAGCAAGCCCAUGCAAUCAUUUCACAUCCUUCUGAUCAGACAGCCCAGGAUAAUGGCACGACAGCCUCCUGAGCCAGCAGAAAUAUUUAUCUGGGCACAGGGGGCAAAGAAUGAAGGGCAAAAUCUCCAAAAUUGGAGGGGGGCUGUAUCCGUGUUGUGGGGUUGCUCCACCAAACUGUAACUCCACCAAACUGGACAACUGGAGCGCUUUCAUUGGAUUGAAAUGAUGGACAAAUGGAUUAGACAUCCAUAUUAUCGCAGAGAUGUUGCAUAUUAAUGUAUAUGCAUGAUGCUGGUGGUGUAAAUUGGGGAAAAUAUAACACAUCAAAUGUAGGAUAAAUUAUGGUGGAGACCAACUCUAAACAUGUUCAGAUUUCAGUGAGGACUGUUUCGUACAUGGGGUGCAAUCACGCCAACUUCAAGCAAUUUCAAGUUAGGAUUAGGGGUUAAGGUUAGGGUUAAUGUGAGAGUUAUGAACGUGCUUCAACUUUCUCCCAUUAAAAUAAAUAGAAAUUGUGCUGGAUUGUGCCCGCUAUGUUUUUAGUCUCCACCUGAAUUAGAUACAUCAGAAACCACUUAGCACUUAAAAACAUCUGUUGGUAUAUGUAUAUAUACACCACUAAUGACUCCCUGAGGAGGAUAUCCAUGUCAGAAGACUUGUGAUUCCUACCCCUACUGUGCAAAUCUCUCUCUCUCUCAAGUGCAGUGGUGCUAGGUUUCUGUUAUGUCUGGUUAGUACUGCAGCUUAAGAUAAGCAAGCUUUGUUUUACGGUCAUGCAGAAUAAAACACGCUCUAAUCUCUCCAUACCACAUGUGUUUGUUGUAGGUGUCAGGUGGGAAGUCCAGUCAGGAGAUUCUAAUCAAAUGGUGCACAUGAAUGUCCUGAUCACAUGCGUCUUUGCUGCCUUUCUGCUGGGAGCCUUUAUUGCAGGCGUGGCUGUUUACUGUUACCGGGAUAUGUUUGUGAGAAAGUCCAGGAAGAUACACAAAGACGCAGAGUCAGCUCAGUCCUGUACGGACUCGAGCGGGAGUUUCGCCAAGCUGAACGGCCUCUUCGAUAGCCCAGUCAAGGAGUAUCAACAGAAUAUCGAUUCUCCCAAGCUGUAUUCAAACUUGUUAACAAGCAGAAAAGAGAUGCCACCAACCGCCGACACAAAGUCCAUGAUGAUGGUGGACCAUAGAGGCCAGCCGCCAGAACUGGCAGCUCUUCCAACACCAGAAUCCACGCCGGUGCUGCAGCAAAAGACUUUGCAGUCUAUGAAAAGUCAGAUGGACAAAGCGCAGAACAACCUCAGUGCUUCUAGAAAAGAAACUCCUCUGAAGAGCCCUCAGUUUUUCCCAUCCAGUCCUCCACCUCAUUCUCCUCUAAGUCACGGACACAUCCCCAGCGCUAUUGUUCUUCCAAACGCCACCCACGACUACAACAUGUCCUUCUCAAAUUCCAACGCACACAAAGCAGACAAGAAGAUGCAGAACAUGGACCACCCGCACACAAAGUCAUCGGGCAAGAGAGACCACAGGAGGUCUGUGGAUUCCAGGAACACCUUGAACGAUUUCCUGAAACAUUUGAACGAAAUGCCUAGCAACCCCAAAGCCAUUAUGGGAGACCUCCAGGUGGCUCACCAAACUUUAAUGCUGGAUCCCAUGGGAAACAUGACUGAGAUCCCGCCUAAAGUUCCCAACAGGGAAGCCUCUUUGUAUUCUCCUCCAUCCACCCUUCCGCGAAACAGUCCGACGAAACGGGUGGACGUCCCUACCACGCCGGCAGUACCCAUGACCUCUUUGGAAAGACAGAGGGGCUACCACAAAAAUUCAUCGCAGCGGCAUUCUAUAUCAGCCCUCCCUAAAAACUUAAACUCGCCCAAUGGCGUGCUGCUGUCGCGGCAGCCUAGUAUUAACCGCGGGGGAUACAUACCUCCCGGAGGAGGCUCAAAGAUGGACUACAUGCAAGGGGCACCAGUGAGUGUCCAUUUACAGCCUUCCUUGUCUAGGCAAAGCAGUUACACGAGCAAUGGAACGCUCCCUCGGACAGGGAUAAAGAGGACGCCCUCCCUCAAACCAGACGUGCCGCCCAAACCCUCGUUCGCUCCCCAGACGCCUUCAGUCAGACCACUGAACAAAUACAGCUACUGA